GUUCUUCUCGUUGGCCAAUGACGUCCAUUCUCAACGAUCAACGACACGACAGACAGAAGCUUUGGAGAUAACGAACAGAUUGACGAUUGUUGGCUGCUGUUAUUGUUGACAUUCAUAACACAAUCCCACAAAAAGCCACGAACCAAACAGAACCAAGCCAAGAUGAUGAAGCCAACGACCUCUAUUGAGCGUCCGUGGAGGACCCUUUUGACCUUGAUACUGAGUGUUGCCUCUACUACAUUAGUCCAAGGCAGCAGCAGUCCACAAAGUGACAAUGACACGAAUGACUCCAUGUCGUCAUUGAUACACCGAUAUCACAAUGACACUUCCUCCAGUGGAUUUCCUUUGGAUAGCAAGGACCAAAACAAGGCGGCAACCGUUUUCUUGACAUUUUCGCUCCUCUUUGGGUUUGCUCUGUUUGGAUUGAAUUUGCGCCAAAAAUCAUUUCGACGAAUCGAAAAUUUGUCAGCAUACCGGCGGGGGACGUAUGAAGGAGUUUCGCUAUUGGAAUUGCCUCCGGGGGAUUACAAUACCAGUGGAACCGCUAGUGGAACUGCUACAGAAAAUGAUGAUGACAAAGAAGGAGAAGAAAAAGAUGCCAACAAUUCACAGCCACAAGAACAGGAGGAACCAAAAAUCUAAGAUAUUGGAUGGAUUGAUGAUGGUGGCAAGAUUGGUAUCAGACUCCGCACAAAUCCAAUUCAUAGCUCUAAUAUUGAAGAAGAAAAAACAUCCCUUGGAAAGAUGGUCCUCCACAAAAUCUACAUUCCAUCAAAAAGGACACAUGUUGGCAAAAGUCCACUAUUUGGUCUAGCUAGUGGUCCCUUCUUGCCAGGUUGCUUUCUGAAACAUACAUGCAAUACAGUACGACUAGCUAGAAUAAACCAAAAACUGCUAUCUAUAUAAUGCAUAUGAUUUAUGAAUUC